GCCACAAAUUCUUACAUUUCAACUAAAACGAUUUGAAUUUGACUACUACUGUAUGCGAUAUAGGAAAAUUGAAGAUUACAUUAGUCUUCCAUCAGAUUUGGUAUUUAAGAAAUCCAAGGAUGACUACAAUGAAUGGUGCCCAACAUUACCAGAGAACAAGGAGCAACUUGGUUCGCAUAAACGGAGUCAUGAUGCUAUGGAAGAAGGACAAGGUUCCGUUCCAACCCAGCAGUUCCAGGGAGGAACAUCUAAGGAUUGUGGAGGGAGAUCAGAGGAAGCUCAAGAUCAGUCAGAACAAGAUUCUACACAGCAAAAGUUGAAGAAGCCGAAAAUGCUGAACACGAAGAAGGACAUGGAGAACAGAGAGAUCAGUGUGGACAAUAUUGAUGUGCAAGAGCAGUUGAAGUUUGAGGAGAAGUUGUUGACGAGCAUUCAGGGGGAUGAAUCCCCAGGACACCCAGGGAUCUAUCCCAGGCUACCGAGCGAGGAGAUUAACGCCCAGAAUAACCACAGUUUAGAGGCCAUGGAACGAGAGCAAAGUGAGACUUCACCUCCGCAAGGGCAGGAAGAAUUUUCUGUGAAUGGUGAAGGGAAAAUGACUGAGGCAGCUCCAGGUCAGUCAGAGCAAGACUCAACCGUGGACAAGAAGGACAUGGAGAACAGAGAGAUCAGUGUGGACAAUAUUGAUGUGCAAGAGCAGUUGAAGAUUGAGGAGAAGUUGUUGACGAGCAUUCAGGGGGAUGAAUCCCCAGGACACCCAGGGAUCUAUCCCAGGCUACCGAGCGAGAAGAAGGACAUGGAGAACAGAGAGAUCAGUGUGGACAAUAUUGAUGUGCAAGAGCAGUUGAAGAUUGAGGAGAAGUUGUUGACGAGCAUUCAGGGGGAUGAAUCCCCAGGACACCCAGGGAUCUAUCCCAGGCUACCGAGCGAGGAGAGUAACGCCCAGAAUAACCACAGUUUAGAGGCCAUGGAACGAGGGCAAAGUGAGACUUCACCUCGGCAAGGGCAGGAAAAAUCUUCUGUGAAUGAUGAAGGGAAAAUGACUGAGGCAGCUCCAGGUCAGUCAGAGCAAGAUUCAACAGUGGACAAGAAGAAGGACAUGGAGAACAGAGAGAUCAGUGUGGACAAUAUUGAUGUGCAAGAGCAGUUGAAGAUUGAGGAGUUGUUGACGAGCAUUCAGGGGGAUGAAUCCCCAGGACACCCAGGGAUCUAUCCCAGGCUACCGAGCGAGAAGAAGGACAUGGAGAACAGAGAGAUCAGUGUGUACAAUAUUGAUGUGCAAGAGCAGUUGAAGAUUGAGGAGAAGUUGUUGACGAGCAUUCAGGUGGAUGAAUCCCCAGGACACCCAGGGAUCUAUCCCAGGCUACCGAGCGAGGAGAGUAAUGCCCAGAAUAACCACAGUUUAGAGGCCAUGGAACGAGGGCAAAGUGAGACUUCACCUCUGCAAGGGCAGGAAGAAUCUUCUGUGAAUGGUGAAGGGAAAAUGACUGAGGCAGCUCCAGGUCAGUCAGAGCAAGACUCAACAGUGGACAAGGAGAAUAAUUCCGGGAAUAACCACAUUUUUACUGCCGUGGAACGUGGGCAAGGUGAUCUUUCAACUCUGCAAGCGAGAGUUAUUCUUAAGGAAGAAUAUUCUGUGAAUGAUGAAGAGAGACCAACUGAGGCUGAAGGUCAGUCAGAACAAGAUUCUACAGAGGACAAGGAGAAUCAUUCCCCAAGUAAAUGCUGUGUUGAGGUGCCGGGAGAACAAAGUCCCACUCCAACUCUGCAACGGCAGAAUGGAAAUUCUGAGAAUUGUGAAGGGGGAACAUCGUGGACAGUUCAAGAUCAGUCAGAGCAAGUUUCCACAGAGGACAAGCUGAAAAAAUAUGAACUAUUUGCAAUCUGGCACCACUUUGGAAGUUAUGGAAGCGGACAUUAUAUUGCUGAAAUAAAAUCAGGCUCUGGUGACUGGUACUCCUUUGAUGAUAGUUUUGUUAAAAAGAUCGGAAAAAAUACCAAUCCAAGGUCCACAAGUGCCUACAUGGUUAUGUACAGACUGGUAGACACAAACAAGGAAGCAGGGUCUGAUGCCACAACACCCGAGCAGUGUCAAACACAAGACCCAGGAUACAGGAUACAGGAGUCAAAGAAUUGUUGAACACAGCUACAAGUCACAAAUAGUGUGACAGAUGUGGUUAAUUGUUCAUGUUCUGAAUUUAUUUUGAUAUUAUCUUAAAACUCAUAGGAAUAAUAGACAUAGGAAUUGAAUGCA